GGCCACCGCACCGCGCAUGCGCCCUCGCGCCGCCCGCCGGGAGCUGCGGUGGCCGCCUCCGCUGCGGCCGCCGGGGUGGGGGGCGGUGGUGGUGGCGGCGGCAGCGGAAGAUGGCGGCGGCGGCGCUGCGGGCCUGGUUCUGGAAUGAGCGGUUCUGGUUGCCGCACAACGUGACGUGGGCGGAUUUAGCCGGGGAACCGGGCCCCGGGUUGCAGUACCCACGGGCGGGACACGUCCUGUCCGCCUUCCCGCUGGCGCUCGGCAUCUUCGCCGUCAGGCUGCUCUUCGAGAGGUUUAUUGCCAAGCCCUGUGCCAUAAACCUUGGCAUUCAGGACAGUGGACCUCACAGAGCCCAGCCCAACGCAAUUCUAGAGAAAGUGUUUACAUCCAUCACUAAGUCUCCAGAUGGAAAAAGAUUAGAAGGCUUGUCAAAGCAGCUGGACUGGGAUGUUCGAAAGAUCCAGCGCUGGUUUCGACAUCGGAGGAACCAGGACAAACCCACCACCCUCACUAAAUUUUGUGAGAGCAUGUGGAGAUUUACAUUUUAUUUAAGUAUAUUUUUUUAUGGAAUCAGGUUUCUCUGGACGGCACCCUGGUUUUGGGACACACGACAGUGCUGGUACAACUACCCUUUCGAGCCUCUAACAUCUAGGCUUUAUUACUACUAUAUCUUGGAGCUGGCCUUCUAUUGGUCUCUCAUGUUUUCUCAGUUUACAGACAUUAAACGGAAGGACUUCCUGAUCAUGUUUGUCCAUCAUUUGGCUACAAUUGGACUCAUUACAUUCUCUUACAUGAAUAACAUGGUGCGGGUUGGAACUCUGGUGCUGUGCCUCCACGAUGCAUCAGAUUUCCUUUUAGAGGCUGCAAAGCUAGCCAAUUAUGCCAAGUACCAACGUCUAUGUGAUGCUUUCUUCAUGCUCUUUGGUGUCGUAUUCAUUGUCACACGGUUGGGCAUUUACCCUUUCUGGAUUCUGAAUACAACACUGUUUGAGAGCUGGGAGCUGAUCGGUCCUUACCCUUCGUGGUGGCUGUUCAAUGGCUUGUUGGUAACCCUGCAGAUCUUGCAUAUUAUCUGGUCGUAUCUCAUUGUUCGCACCGCCUACAAGGCCCUCGUGCGGGGAAAGAUCGGAGCUGGAUGGUUUCACCCGUUGCAUGUAUCAAAAGAUGACCGCAGUGAUGUGGAGAGCAGCUCUGAAGAGGAGGAUGUGACUUCCAACAGCACAAAAGGAGUUUUCAGCACUUCGAGCAACGGCUCCAACCGCAUCAAUGGCCACGUGGCCAGCGACCAGUGGACAGAAGAGGAGUAAGGCUGUGGGUUGGCCUUGAGCGAACACGAACUUAUCUUUAAAUAUCUAGAUAUGUUGAGCUCCACAUUCCCAAGUGAUCUUUAAUCAAGAGACCCCUUCCCCAGAAACCUCCAGCAAAUCUGAAAUGAGCACAAUCCAGACCAGUCGGAGGCUUUGCACAACAGAAGGGAUAAAGCCAAUGACUCUGCCUAAAACAGAGCUGCAGAUUUCACUUUAAGCCAUUUUGUACGUAAAUCUUUGCCCCGUCGAUAUUUGCAGAGGUAUCUUUGUGACAAACUGUUUUUUUACUAGGAUCAACUCAAGGCAGAAAACAUUUGGAGUAGGCUGGCUGCCAACACCAGAAGGGUUACCGUGCCGUUUCUGUGAUGGUUUGCUCCCAUGCAGGUUCAACACAUCUCCUUGAUGCACUCCAGAAGCCACUUAAGAGCAUGGAAAAUGCAGGGUCGUGUGGCUCUGUGUCCAGCCUACCCCUGCUGCAACAGAGACUCUGUCCUUCUGCGAGUGCUCUGGGCUGCGGCCAAGCUUUGGAUCGGACUGUGCUACAACAGAAACGUCGUUCUAGCUUGCUGCCAUGGCGCUAUGCGUGAAGGUUAUAGCUUGAAUCUCUGCUGUCACGAGGGACCAGCCCAGCAUUUGCUGCCUACUUUGGUGCUGCAAGCCCCUCUGAAGUCUCUACUGCAGCCUUCUGAAACGGGGAGGGAGGUGGUUUAUUGCCCCUGAGACAAUUCUCACAAUUCAGGCCUCUUAAAUUGCUCUUUUUUUCUGUUGCAAGUUGUGGUUUUGAAGACUCUUCUGGACCUCCUGGAUGCAGAUGGCUGAGCUGGGACCGGAGCACAGAUCAGUGCUGUGGGACUGAGUUUAACUUUCCCCAAAAGAAAAUGUUUCAGUCCUGCCUGUCUGUACUUCAAGACAACUCAGCGUUGCUGCUCUGACUUUGCAGCUGGGUGAAGGCAUCACCAGGCUGGAAAGGCAGCCAUGCCGUAAGCUUUGCUUCUUUGUUUUACUUAAUGGUACCCGGGGGUGAUGGAGACAUGUGUCAGUGAUGACCAGCAUUGUGGAAACUUCUUGAGUUGUUACCAUUUUAUACCAUUGUUUACUCUUAUCUCUGAUUAAAAGAUGCUUCAGUAACUUGGCUGAUGCGCUUGAGAAAAUAAAACCAAUGACU